GUCUCUCUGAGUUUUGUAGGAGUAAGGUAAUACUAUACUUCUGCCAGUUUUUGUAAAAUUUUACUGCAAUCCUCUGACAAUUUUUAGAGAUUCUUUAAUUGUAACAUGACCCACUUAUAAUAAGUGGAGUAGUGAUUUGGGAAAUUUCUUUGUGCAAGGUUUCAACAUAAUGCACAGUAGCAAGCCAUUUAUGGCACUGGACAUUAUACGUAAGGCUUACAUGAAGUACAGACCUCUGCGUGUUUCAUGGAGAUGAGUCUGCUUCGGAUUAUUUCCUUUCUGUUAUCUAUCGUUUUAGUUUCGUCCGAACUACAUUAUAAUGACAAUGUAGGACACAUUAUCGGAAGCAUUAAUGAUUUUGGUUUCGAUCUGUUAAAGAUUUUCAGCGAAGAUAAGAAACUGAAAGAUGAGAACUUAUUCUACUCUCCGACCAGCAUUUCGCUUUCUAUCGCCAUGGUUUUUUUGGGAAGUAGAGGAAACACGGCGAGACAAAUUGCCCAGGCUUAUAAGUGGUAUAAACACGAGUAUGAAGAUGUACACUUGGCUUUAAAAUCUCUACAGGAGGCAAUUCUAGAAACGGGACAUGACAAUUUGGAGCUAAAGAUCGCGAAUCAAAUCUGGGGACACAAUGAGUUGGAGGAGACAGCUGAAUUUAAAGAGAAUUCCUUGGAAUUUUAUAAUUCUCCCAUUGCAAAAGUCGACUUCAAAUGGAGUUCAGAGGAGGCGAGAAAGGAGAUUAACAACUGGGUUGAAAAGAAUACCGCCAGGAAAAUAAAGGGCUUCCUUCCUCCCGGAAGUGUUAAUCAAGAUACGCGAUUAGCGUUAAUUAAUGCAAUCUAUUUUAAGGGAACGUGGCAGCAUGCUUUUUUACAGGAGAGAACUUAUCAUGCUCCGUUUUACACAUCCAGUGACCUCAAAAAUAUUUUUGAAGUUGAAAUGAUGUCACGCACUGCAAAACACAACUACUUCAUGGAUGAAGAAAAACAAUGUAAAAUUUUGGAACUUCCUUACAGUGGUGGAGAAAUUUCCAUGUUUAUCGUUCUUCCUGAUGAGGUCAAUGGAGUGUCCGAACUUGAAAAGAUGUUAACAACUGACAUAAUGUUUCACUGGGUCAACUCAGUCGAAAACACAACAGUUGAGAUGUCUCUUCCUAAGUUCAUUCUGAGUCAGCACUUUGAGUUGAAGGAAGUAUUGUAUAAACUUGGUGUUAUAGACAUCUUUGAGCCUGAUUUAUCAGACUUGUCCGGGCUAAGUUCAGUGGAAAGGCUGCAUGUGUCCCAUGUAAUACACAAGGCCCAUGUGCAUGUGACUGAACAAGGAACAGAGGCUGCUGCGGCAUCUGGGGUACUUAUUCAGAAGAGAUCCAUAGACCCUCAUCCGGAGUUCCAUGCCAAUCAUCCAUUUUUGUUCUUUAUAUACCACAAGAGUUCACAUGUUAUUUUGUUUAUUGGUCGUGUCAGUAGACCUCAGAUGACUGAACAGGAAAGUGCUGAGACUGGUGGUGAUGCGGAAAUACCUGAUUUUGGUCAUCCUAUUGAUGAGCUAUAAGCUUUGUUUUUUUUGUUUAGCUUUACAUUCAAACCAUAGUCAGAUAAUGUGUCUUAUAGGGGGUGUCAACCAAUGUAUUGGUCAAAGUAAUGACUGACUGUCAACUGAUAGACUGUGGUGGCCAACUCUUGGUUGAGACUUGUUCAAAACUUAUCUGAUACUUGACUGACACUCCACUGAUAUAGCAACCUAUAUGUCAACCGACAGUCGUGUCGGCUGAUACCGUAAAAUUCUGAAAAUAAGCCCUGGGGCUUAUAUUUUUCAAAGGCCCUUUUUGAGGGGCUUAUGUUCAGAGGGGCUAAUUUAUGGAGGGAAAUUUGCAUUUCUAAAUCGAUUGGGCUAGCCUUAUAGUUGGAAGUAAAUUUACCGUUUUUGCAUUGCUUUACUUUGUAUUUGAGGGUAAUUUUCCAAGUACAAGCCCCCAGGGGGCUUAUAUUAAUAUUUUGGAGGGGCAAUUUAACAGAGGAUUUUUUGCGUUACCCAUUUGGGGGGCUUAUAUUUGGAGGGGCUUGUACAUGGAGGGGCUUAUUUUCGGAAUUUUACGGUAUAUCAGUUGACAUCCUCUAUAAGACACAUGAUCCCCAAAAGACUGACAAAAGUGACAUCCAAUGACAGAAACAGUAGCUUGUCACUCUUUUACGGUAUGUGAUAUAAAUAUUAUAUCGUUGUAAGGGAGUGACCCGUAUACCAGGAAUGUCAUUGAAAUGAAAAUUGUUAAAUAAAAUAAUUAUUUGAGAUUUUGCUCCAGACAUUAAUUUUUUACUGAAACUUUGACUGGGACACACAAUGUUCAU